CACAAGGCGCUGGGCAGUGUUAGCUAGUCCCAAGAAUCCUGGGAACCAACAAUCCACAGUCAUAUCCCAGAAAAACAACCCUGCCUGUCUCUGAGGGUAAACUACACCCUCGAUUCCUCGGAAUCCGCUUCAGUUCGGAUUCCUGCAAAACCAACGCUACUGUCUCGGCCUCCCACUGGGCUCCCGCUGGGGCCUCCUUGAAACGCUAAAGGAUUAAGCGGCGGUGAGUAGGGAGGGUGAGUAGGCGGAGGUAAGGGAGCAAGAAGCGGGGAAGGAACAAGGUGCGCCUCCCUCUUCUAAUCUUGUUCGAAUCAGGAGUCCUGUACCCAGGCGCCGAUUCCAGCCGUCCAGAGACUCUUCCAGGAACCGCUUGGCAGCCUGGGCCGUGGACUUUGGCUGGUGUGGCGUCCGCUGCUCCCUCCUCCCCUCUCCUCCCUCCAGGCUCCGUGCCUCACUCAGGGGCGUGUCCUGCCCUACCUCCCUGUCACAGUGGUCCACUUAACCGGUUACAGCAGCAGUUCCAGCGGCAGCGGCGGCAGCCGGAGCAGGAGCAGCGAUAGCUUCGGUUUCCAGAGCAGGAGCUGGGGCAGCAGCAGCAGCUCAGUGCCGAGCACCUGUGCGAAGCAGGAGUAGCAGGACCAGGGGGUGGGGUCGGUGCCAGCCACUCUGAGCCAGAGAAGGAAGGGGCACCUCCCGGCCGUGAUUCCACUGCUGGGAAUAAUCUCCAGGGAAGGUGGCACUGAACUGGGAAUACUUACUGGUGGGGGUAAACAUGUGCAGGAACAGCUAGAGGCCUCGCGACAGGUAAACAUUUGGCCCACGAGUAGAUAGGCAAGGAAAGCUGUCUGGGACCAUGGCAGCUUCCUUCCUGGACUUUGAGGAGGUGGAAACUUUCCUGGACAGGCACCCAGAGUUGUUUGAAGAUUACUUGAUGCGGAAGGGGAAGCAAGAGAUGGUUGAAAAGUGGCUGCAGAGGCACAGUCAGGGUCAGGGGGCUUUAGGUCCAAGGCCCUCUUUGGCUGGUACCAGCAGCUUGGUUCACAGCACCGGCAGAGGUGGCAGCAGCGUUGGUGGUGGAACUGGUCCAAAUGCCUCUGCCCACAGCCAGCCCCUUCCUGGUGGUGGGGACUGUGGUGGGGUUCCCCUGAGUCCCAGCUGGGCCAGUGGCAGCAGGGGCAAUGCGAACCAGCAGCGGAGAGCUUCUCAGAAGGAGCUAAGGAAGAGUUUUGCCCGCUCCAAGGCCAUCCACGUGAACAGGACCUACGAUGAACAGGUGACCUCCCGGGCUCAGGAACCCCUGAGCAGUGUACGACGGAGGGCACUUCUCCGGAAGGCCAGCUCCCUGCCCCCAACCACAGCCCAUAUUCUCAGUGCGCUGCUGGAAUCGAGAGUGAAUCUGCCUCAGUAUCCCCCUACAGCCAUCGACUACAAGUGCCACCUGAAAAAACAUAAUGAACGUCAGUUCUUUCUGGAAUUGGUCAAAGAUAUCUCCAAUGACCUUGAUCUCACCAGCCUGAGCUACAAGAUUCUCAUCUUUGUCUGCCUUAUGGUAGACGCUGACCGCUGCUCUCUUUUCCUGGUGGAAGGGGCAGCUGCUGGCAAGAAGAGUCUGGUCUCCAAAUUCUUUGAUGUGCAUGCAGGAACCCCUCUGCUGCCUUGCAGCAGCACAGAGAACUCAAAUGAGGUGCAGGUUCCCUGGGGCAAAGGCAUCAUUGGCUAUGUCGGGGAGCAUGGAGAAACGGUCAACAUUCCUGAUGCCUACCAGGAUCGACGAUUCAAUGAUGAAAUUGACAAACUAACUGGAUACAAGACAAAAUCAUUAUUGUGCAUGCCUAUCCGAAGCAGCGAUGGUGAGAUUAUUGGUGUGGCCCAAGCGAUAAAUAAGAUUCCUGAGGGUGCUCCAUUUACCGAAGAUGAUGAAAAAGUUAUGCAGAUGUAUCUUCCAUUUUGUGGAAUCGCCAUAUCUAACGCUCAGCUCUUUGCUGCCUCAAGGAAAGAAUAUGAAAGAAGCAGAGCUUUGCUAGAGGUGGUUAAUGACCUCUUUGAAGAACAGACUGACCUGGAGAAAAUUGUCAAGAAAAUAAUGCAUCGGGCCCAAACUCUGCUGAAAUGUGAACACUGUUCUGUUUUGCUCCUAGAGGACAUCGAAUCACCAGUGGUGAAAUUUACCAAGUCCUUUGAAUUGAUGUCCCCUAAGUGCAGUGCUGAUGCAGAGAACAGUUUCAAAGAAAGCAUGGAGAAAUCAUCAUACUCCGACUGGCUAAUAAAUAACAGCGUUGCUGAGCUGGUUGCUUCAACAGGCCUUCCAGUGAACAUCAGUGAUGCCUACCAGGAUCCGCGCUUUGAUGCAGAGGCGGACCACAUAUCUGGUUUUCACAUAAGAUCUGUUCUCUGUGUCCCUAUUUGGAAUAGCAACCACCAAAUAAUUGGAGUGGCUCAGGUGUUAAAUAGACUUGAUGGGAAACCUUUUGAUGAUGCAGAUCAACGACUUUUUGAGGCAUUUGUCAUCUUUUGUGGACUUGGCAUCAACAACACAAUUAUGUAUGAUCAAGUGAAGAAAUCCUGGGCCAAGCAAUCUGUGGCUCUUGAUGUGCUAUCCUACCAUGCAACAUGUUCGAAAGCUGAAGUUGACAAGUUUAAGGCAGCCAACAUCCCUCUGGUGUCAGAACUUGCCAUUGAUGACAUUCAUUUUGAUGACUUUUCCCUCGAUGUUGAUGCCAUGAUUACAGCUGCUCUCCGGAUGUUCAUGGAGCUGGGGAUGGUACAGAAAUUCAAAAUCGACUAUGAGACACUGUGUAGGUGGCUUUUGACAGUGAGGAAAAACUAUCGAAUGGUUCUGUACCACAACUGGAGACAUGCCUUCAACGUGUGUCAGCUGAUGUUCGCGAUGUUAACCACCGCUGGGUUUCAAGAGAUUCUGACGGAGGUGGAAAUUUUAGCGGUGACUGUGGGAUGCCUGUGUCAUGACCUCGACCACAGGGGAACCAACAAUGCCUUCCAAGCUAAGAGUGGCUCCGCCCUGGCCCAGCUCUAUGGAACCUCUGCUACCUUGGAGCAUCACCAUUUUAACCAUGCCGUGAUGAUCCUUCAAAGUGAGGGUCACAAUAUCUUUGCUAACCUGUCCUCCAAGGAAUAUAGUGACCUUAUGCAGCUUUUGAAGCAGUCAAUAUUGGCCACAGACCUCACACUAUACUUUGAGAGGAGAACUGAAUUCUUUGAACUUGUCAGUAAAGGAGAAUAUGAUUGGAACAUCAAAAACCAUCGUGAUAUAUUUCGAUCAAUGUUAAUGACAGCCUGUGACCUUGGAGCCGUGACCAAACCGUGGGAGAUCUCAAGACAGGUGGCAGAACUUGUAACGAGCGAGUUCUUCGAACAAGGAGAUCGAGAGAGAUCAGAACUCAAACUUACUCCUUCAGCUAUUUUUGAUCGGAACCGGAAAGAUGAACUGCCUCGGUUGCAACUCGAGUGGAUUGAUAGCAUCUGCAUGCCUUUGUAUCAGGCAUUGGUGAAGGUCAAUGUGAAACUGAAGCCGAUGCUAGAUUCAGUAGCUACAAACAGAAGUAAGUGGGAAGAGCUGCACCAAAAACGGCUGCUGGCCUCGACUGCCUCGUCCUCCCCAGCCAGUGUCAUGGUAGCCAAGGAAGACAGGAACUAAACCUCCAGGUCAGCUGCAGUUGCAAAAUGACUGCAGCCUGAAGGGCCAGUUUCAGUCCAGUCAUGUCAUCCUUUUGUUCUUUCUGCUCAGAAGACAUAACGUCUCGAGGAUGCACUGGGAAGCAUGCCUGGGCUUUCACCUUGAUGCAUGGAUGUAAAGGACAGAGGAAGAGGUGGGGCAGGGAGCACAUACCAGGACCCUCACUCUUCCCUGAUGGACGUGCAUGGGCUGAAAUGAAGGCUCCGGGUAGAGGACUGUUUUGGAUCCAAGGACCUGUGGACAGUCGGCCUACUCACUCUGAGCUGAGGGAACACUGAACAGUGAAAAUGUCAUUAGCACUGCUUCAUUCUGUAUAUGGCUUUUCUAUUUGUUAUAAGCCAAACACUGCCUGCCUUUGCUUCCUGUCCCUGAAUCCUUUUUGUGCCAGACUGUCCCAAGAAUCCUGAUUUGUAUUCCAUAGAGGUAUUUAAUUUUUAAUCCUAGAGCUUCUUAUUGAUGGAUCCUUUAGAAUUGCCUACCUAAAAGGUAAACUAUACUAUCCUUAUAGAUACUGAUCAAUCCCAGUUCUCCCCCUAAAAAGGAAUAACGUAGUAGGAGGACAGCAAAUGUGUUUGAUGGGUAAUUCUACAUUGUGACUAUGGUACCCUUUUCCAGAGUUUUAAAAC